AAUAAAGCGGAUGUUAUAUUUUUAUGCGAACACAAAAGCACGGUAAGAUAUCCGCUACUAUUUCCUGAGGUGCUAUGUCGCUCACAGCAUCAAACUGUUUGGUCUCGGAUGCAGAGGUGAAAACAGUAGUACCAGUAGGUACGAGAGAUGCAAAUGCGGGCAAUAAUGGAGUUAGCACCCAAGCGAAUAGAGGGACCAUUUCGUUGAGCUUGUUGAAGAAAAUACGAGAGCAUUCGAUGAAAAUACCGUGCUAUGGGGAGAGGGCUAAUUGGAAACCUCGCACCUUGGAAGAUUAUGGUGAUGGAGGAGCGUUUCCAGAAAUUCACAUUCCUCAGUAUCCGCUAGAGAUGGGUCGUAAUGUUGCGAGUCAAGGUACCCAGUCUUUGAUUCCAAUCACAUGCGAUGCCCAGGGUAACGUUAUGUACGAUAGUAUAGUGCAGUAUGGGCGUGCACCUGGUUCGGUGGUGCAUUCCAAGCCCGCUGAUAUUGUUGGCCGGCAUUAUGAAGAUGAAGAGUUGCGUAGGCCGGAUUCGGAGACAUUGAAAAAGAACAUUGAACGAACUAAAAAGGCGGUUGAGCAGAAGCUCGAAUCCAAGCUUGUACAAACUAACUGCAGCCGUGCACCAGAAGGAACAGUAAAUCAAAAGACGCAGCUGAUUCGCUACACACCUUCUAAUCAAAAUCCCAAUUUUAAUUCCGGAUCGACGCAGAGACUGAUAAAGAUAGUUGAUAAGCCGGUCGACCCGCUCGAACCUCCAAAAUUUAAAGCUGUGAAGGCGGUGGCGACGACACCAGCUCCACCCCCUGUACCCAUUCUUCACUCGCCUCCGAGGAAAGCAACCAAGGAAGAAAGAGAGGCUUGGUUCAUUCCACCCAGUCUCUCUAAUUGGAGUAAUAGUAAGGGUUUUACGGUUUCAUUGGAUAAAAGGCUUGCGACUGAAGGCCGAGGAGGUCAAGAGACGGUGAUUAGUCCUAACUUUGCGAGAAUUUCAGCGGCUUUGGAUGCGGCUCAGGCUACGGCUAGAGAGCAGAUUUCAUUUCGUACUGCUGUCCGGCAUCAGAAGCUUUUGUUACAGCGUGAACAAGAGGAGCGAAAGGCGCGCGAGAUUGCUCAGCUGGCGCGCUUGAAGCGUGCGGGUAUACGGGCCGAGGCCGAAGCCAUGGAGACGCCUGAAGAGCGCGAGGUCAGACUGGCUCGCGAUUCGAUACGUGACGAAUACAAGCGAAAAUUAGAGGAUCAGCAACGCAUGGAAAGGAUGGGCAGCAAAGCAAAGGCAAAUGCGAAAGAAAGAAUGCUUCAAGACCGAGACAUUAGUGAGAAAAUUGCCUUAGGUCAAGCAGUUCCUCGUGCGCAGGAAUCUUUGUACGAUCAGCGACUUUUCAACCAGACAGGCGGAUUGGGCCAUGAUUUCGUUAAUGACGAAGAGUACAACCCAUACGAUAAACCACUUUUCACCCAUGGAAGAGAGGAAGCUCUAUUCAAGGUUUCCAGACAGGGCGAAAUCUACCAGCCAUCCUUUAGCGUAAAUGACCUGAAGGUCGAUCGAUUCAGUAGAGCUGACAGAUCUCGCUCUGAAGCAGACGAUAAGGCAUUCACCGGUUCUCGUCAGCUCGGCCCAGUUCAGUUUGAAAGAGACGAACAGGAAACUAAACAGCAGCUCAAGGACGCCAGAGAGCGCGAGCGAUACAUCGAGUCUCAAAGAGAGCACUCGAAGUCGUCUCAAAGGGAGACAGACAACCCGAUGGACGCCAUGCUCAAUUUCAUGAUAGACGCCAAAAGCGGGCGGAGAGAAGAGCCAGAAGAAGCCCACAAGAGAAAGUCUCUCGGGGUCAUGCAUGCCGUAGCCGGGUCGAGUGGGGGAGUCGAGGACUAUAGGGACAGCAAAAGAUCAAAGAUAAACUUCGUAGGAGGGUCGAAUAAUCGCGAUAGAAGGAAUUGAUACAAUAGCAUAUUCUGUGAAAAAAGAGCCCUCACCCGAGACAGGGCCAAAAAGCUACAUUGUGUGAAAAAAAAGAAAAACGCAAGGCCUAUGCAAGAGUGGACUUGGCAAUUCUUUGCGAUACAGAUAGAUGGGCAGAGAGGUCAGCAUGUAUUAUUAACGUUUUUGUGUAAAACUCGAAAUAAUAAAUUCGUCACGCUCAGACUCGUGAGUAAAAAAACAAUCUGCAAGUAAAAAAAAAAAAAGUAC